UGUGUGUGUGUGUGCGCGCGCGCUCGUGCGCUGGUCUGCAGUGGCCGAAGCGCUAACCCGCUCGCUGGCUGUUGUUGUAAGCGGUUAUUCACAUCGGCCACUCACUUCUCGCCGAACAGAAAGCGAGUAGAGAAUGAGACGGGGAGAGACGGAGAGGAAGCGCAGAGGCAGGGGCGGCACGCAGAGGGCGCUGGCGGCGUGCGUGCCGUGUGUUCUGUGGGUGCUGCUGGCAUCCGCCGUGGGGGCCGCCACUGUCGCCGACCCUGCAGCGGACGCCUCGCACGCCACGCGCUGGCUGGACCAGCUCGUCACGCCGCUGAGAAACGUCUCUCUGUCACAGAUACUCGGCCGUUGGUUUGAAGUAGAAGAAGUGCGAAAUUUUGCUCUGCAACCAAUAGACCUUUGCGAGACAUUCGACUUUUUCCGGAGUUCCGACAAUGGCACCGUGUUGUUGAACCAGUCCCUCAGCAGGGGCUCUGAAUCGUUCGACCUGAAGGAACUGACAGUUCUGCCCGACGCUUCCUGGAUGGUUAACAGAUACCAGGUGGGAUACAAGGUGCUAGACUUAUCCGCUGACGGCGGCUUCCUGUCGCUGGCCUCGUGCAACAAGUUCGCCCAGCAGUGCUACGGCGUGAUCCUGGCGCGCGACUUCAACGUCACGGGCCGCGACGCCGAGCUGCUGGCGGCUCACCACGGCCUGGCGCGAGCCGGCCUCAACGACACCGCGCUGGGCCACCGCCAGCACCCCGACGCCUGCAGCCCGGGAGGGGUGGGAGCAGGCUCUGGCGCCGGCGGAGGCGCGGGGGACGCCGCUCUGCAGCCCGUGCGCUACGACGUCUGACGGCUGACCGCCGCCGCGCCGCUGCCGGCUGCCAACAGGUGGUCCACCCGCGCCCUCAAAACAGCAGCACGCAGUACUUGCUGUUACAGCAGGUGUCGUUUUCACUAUUGCUGCAGUUCGUGCUGCUCGAAUCACAAGAUACCUAUCUCUAGGCAAAUUAAAUUUAGAACUAUCAUUAAUAAUGCGUGUAUGUCGUGAAAACAGAUUUUGGGGCCAUCUGUCCACAUACAACCAUUUUAUAGUUCGGCUGUACUUGCUAACUCUGAAUCUCGCACCGAAAGCGCUGUAUAAUAGAUCUGAAAUAAAAUGGUCUGUUUUACUAGUA